AUGACAUCCAAACUGAGAGCUGGCGGAAAGGAAGAGUUGCUCCAGGCUCUGCUCCCAGAUUUUGCUGUUGGGUGCCGACGCACGACACCAGGCAACGGCUAUCUCGAGGCUCUAUGCCACCCGAAAUGCGAAGUCAUCUGGGGAAAGGUCAAUGCUUUCACUGCCGACGGACUCACCACUUCAGAUGGCACCGUCACCAGUAGAGUCGACGCAAUCAUAUGCGCCACCGGUUUCGAUCUAUCCUGUGCUCCGCGAUUUCCAAUUAUUGGACGGAAUGGUGUCAAUUUGCGAGAAGAAUGGUUGAAGAAUCCUCAUGCCUACCUUUCCGUUACAGCAACAGACAUGCCUAAUUAUUUCACCAUGAUGGGCCCAAAUUCUCCGCUUGGUCAUGGCAGCAUUAAUGGAACUGUGGACGGCGACCUAAAUAGUCUGCACCCUGGAAGCCGGCUUCAUUACUUUGAGCUACUGUCUACACCUCGAUAUGAAGACUUUGAGUGGCAGAGCUUAUGCGAAUCUGAAGAUAUGAACUUCGCCUGGCUAGCCACUGGAUUCACGGCGGCUGAGAGAAGCGCCGAUGAGAAUACCGAUUUGACUUGGUACCUGGAUUUUGAUGCGCAGGCUCAGCAGAUCAAGCAAACUAGCACAGAUUGA